AUGGACUGGGGAAAGGUGGUUUGUUCAGUGGACUCCUCAGAAAGACUCCCCAAACAACUGGAGAGGAGAAAGGAGGUGCGUCCAGCGGAUUAUUCCAGAAGCCGUCCAGACGUGCAGACGGUCCUACAGAAGAAGAAACACAGUCACAUGGCGAUGAGCUCUCAGGCAGCAGUGAUGCUCUUAACACCAAGUGGAGUAUUCAAGAAAACUCCCAAACCUGCAGAAGCUGCUCAACGUGAGGAGGAACGAGAAGCUCCGAAAGAGCAGUCGGUCAGCAAUGACAGCCUGUCUGAGAAUAACACCACGAAGGAGCUGGAGGUGAACAGAGAAAAAUGGUUAUCUGGGAGCUGUGAGAAUCUGUCUGACACCACGGUCCCAAAGGAGAAACAAGGUGGCCUGGCGGGCAUCUUUAAAAGAUCAGCCAGUAUUGACAACCUGUUUGAUGAGGAGAAAGGCGGGCUGUUCAGCGGACUAAAGAAAACACCCAAAGCGUCCAGAGACGAGACAGUUGCAGAGGACAAAGAUGACCAGAAGGAGCUGUCAGCAAGUGAUGACAGUCUGUUUGACAACAGCAACACCAAGGAGAAAAGUAUUUUCAGUGGCAUGUUUAAGAAGACUCAUAAACCAGCAGAUGGGACUACAACAGAUGAGGAAUCAAACGAGGAUAAGAAGUUAUCUGUCAGCUGGGAAAAUCUGUUAGAAGCAAACACAUACAAGGAGAAGACUGGAGGACUGGCAGGGAUCUUCAAGAGGUCUUACAAACCAGCUCCGCGCUCGAUCGCUAAUGAGGAUCCUCUCAGUGACACAUUGGAGUUGUCCGCCAGCUGCGGCAGCCUCGCAGAAACUGCCGAGGAAAGCGAGGACAUGGAGGCACCGGAAGGAGGCGGGCUGAGACGCAGGAGAACCAUCAGCAAGAAAAGACGAGUUGUGUCAUUCCGAGUCAAGAAAACUCUUCCCAAAAUACAGAAGCUUGAUCUACCUUCACAGAGUUCAGACAAGAUGCCUCUUAUUGAGGAGGCUGUAGAGCUGCAGGAGCUGAACCGAGCACAGGAGAGCACAGUAGAGGUCCAGACUUUGGAGAUGGCAGCUUACCCUACUGAAGACAACCCUCUGGAAUCUGAGGAAAAUGAUGAUUUGAUGGAGUGGUGGAACACAGUCAAAGGAUGGGCAGAAUGGAACGAGACAUCUAAUUUCCACGAAGAUGAUGGGCAAAUGUCGAUGGAGCAGGCAGCUGACCGUGUCUACAUGGCAGCCCGUCUCUUUGUGCGUCUUUUCAACAAGCGGGGGGCGUCCUUACAGCGUGGCAUCCUGGAGCUUUUGGCUCUGGCCGAUGCUGCCGAUGAUUUCCACAAAAAGACGGUGAAAGCUGCUGUGGGUGGAGGGGUGGCCAGUGUUGCUGGCAGCCUGACAACAAUCACGGGGCUCAUUCUGGCGCCUUUCACCUUUGGCGCCUCUAUUAUUGUCACGGCGGUGGGGAUCAGUGUGGCGACGGCGGGCAGCAUCACCUCAGCAACAGCCAACAUCACAGAUACAGUUCACUCUAACAUGGACCGUAAGAAGCUGGAGAAGAUGAUCCAGGGCUACCAGGAGGAGAUCAGCGACAUCAGGGAGUGUUUGGAGUUUGUGCAGGCAGGUAUGGACACCCUGCAGGAGUGGGACUUUGAGAAAUACUCAAAGAGCGUCGCCAAAAAGGCUCUGAACCACAACCUCCGGCAUGUGAUGAAGGAGGGCGGCAUGGCUGGAAAAGCCCUGUUGAUCAACACAAACCAACUGGUCAGCACUGUGCAGGUUUUAGGCGCUGCAGGCGGUGUUGCCAAAGCCGCCCAGGCCAUCAGCAUCACCACAGGGGUGAUGUCAGCGCUCUUCCUGGCUCUGGAUAUUUUCUUCCUCGCCAAAGACUCCCACCAGCUCCGCAAGGGCGCCAAGACCAAGUUCGCCACCAAGAUCAGGGAGGUAUGCAAAGAACUCCAGGAUGGGCUCCUGGAGCUGAACAAGGUGAAGACGCAGCUGCAGAAGACCAUGGAUGGCAUCGAGGUGGAGGAGGUGGAGGUGGAGGAGGAGGUGGAGGUGGAGGUGGAGGUGGAGGUGGAGGAGGAAGUCGACGACGAUCCCAGGAAGCUGACUGAGCUGGAGCAGGAACUGGACCUACUGGAGGAGCAACUGGACAGGAAGGUUGAGGAGGAGCAGAAGAGUAAAGAUAUGGGGAAGGAACAUUUGAAAAGUAAGAAGAAAAAGAAGGAGAAGAGCGUGAAGGAAAAAGAAGAGCCAGAGGAAAAGAAGGACCAAGAGGAGAUGGCAGAUAAGGAUGCUAAGGCAGAGGGAAAGAAGAAAAGUAAGAAGGGAAAAGGUGAGGGAGAAAGCAAGAUUUCUGAAGAGGAAAAGGAGCAGAACAAUGAGACUGUCAAAGCAGCCAAAGAGGAUGUUUUAAAAGAACAAUCUCAGAUAGGAAAGAAGGACAAAGAAACUGAGAACCGCAAGCAAGACCAGGCAAAAGAAGACAAUUGUACAAAUAAAAAGACAGACGAGAAGGAGAAAGAGAAAAAGAAAACUGGAAAAGAACCAUGUCAGGAAACGGCGACGGGAAGAGAGGAUUGGGAAAGAGAGCGGCGGAGCAGCAGGGAGGAACCUGACUUAAAGAGUCACCGCAGGGGAAGAACAGCUCGGCAUGAUGACCACAGGGAGAGGGGAGGGGAGGAACAGGAGAGUAGGAGCGAGAGGAGGAAGUUUGAGAGAGCAGGGGGUGAGGAGGAGGAGGAGAGAUGGAAGAGGAAAGAGUAUAAGGCGAGGAGAGGAAGUGACAGAGGCAGAGAGCAAGAACAUGGCUACCGAGGAUCUGUACCUGGCUCCAUGGCGCUGCUGGAAGAUGGUCUGUAUAUUUAAUUUUAAGUAAGUUAUUUGUGGCACUUUUAUUUUUUGGGGCAUUUUAGGCCUUUAUUUGUCUAUAUAA